GCUCCGCCCGCUGAUAGGCCGGCAGUGGGUCAGGUGGCUCGGCGGCCGGAGGAGGCGUCCCCCGCCGCGCAUGCGCAGUAAGAGGAGGAGGCUAUUUGAGUGGCUCUGCGUGGCUGCAGAGUAGCAGAAGGACGGCGCCUGAGGAGGAAGAAAACUAAUGGAGAAACCUUUGCCCAGACUGGAGGAUCGUACCUGGAGUUGUUCCUGUACCGCCAGAGGAAGGCACAGAAUCCCCUUAAGUGGAACUGCUACAGGGCUGGCAGCCAAAGUGGGCGAAAUGUUGAGCACUUCUGUCUCAAGUUCUCCCCUCACAUUGGUGGGUCAUGGAGCCCGUAGUGCUAGCAACUCAGACCUUGGCAGUAGCACCAGCAGCAGUUUGAACUUGAGCAGGGACUUAGUGCAGCGGAGCCUGGUGCUCUUUGUCGUGGGCACUUUCCUCGCCCUGGUGCUGAACCUGUUGCAGAUCCAGAGGAAUGUGACUCUGUUCCCUGAAGAAGUCAUCUCUACCAUCUUCUCCUCUGCCUGGUGGGUGCCCCCUUGCUGUGGGACUGCAGCAGCUGUUAUUGGACUGCUUUAUCCUUGCAUUGACAGUCACCUUGGGGAGCCUCACAAAUUCAAGCGAGAAUGGGCCAGCGUGAUGCGAUGUAUAGCAGUAUUUGUUGGGAUUAACCAUGCAAGUGCUAAAUUGGAUUUUGCAAACAACAUCCAGCUCUCUUUAACACUGGCAGCUUUGUCACUGGGCCUCUGGUGGACAUUUGAUCGUUCAAGAAGCGGCCUGGGCCUUGGAAUUACGAUAGCUUUUGUAGCUACACUGAUUACACAGUUUCUGGUCUAUAAUGGUGUUUAUCAGUAUACUUCGCCUGAUUUUCUUUACAUCCGAUCCUGGCUGCCAUGUAUAUUUUUUUCUGGAGGUGUGACUGUAGGAAACAUAGGACGGCAACUGGCUAUGGGUGUUUCUGAGAAGCCUCACAGUGACUAAAUGCAGCUCGGAUCUGAAGCACCUGCAGGGAGGCAGAAGUAAGAUCUGUUGCUGAUUUCAAACUAGGAUUUCUUCUUGAACACCUUGAGCGAGCUCCCUGCACAAAUGACUUGGGAAGACAAAAUCAUUCAGCUUAAGUGUGGCCAAGAGCUUACCUCAAAUAUAUUUAGGAGAAGUCUCUGGGCUUGGCUGUUCUGUGGAAGAAUUCAUUACAGACUUGAUGCGUAACAAGCCCAUGCUUAGUGGCACUUCACUUGGGUUCCAGUUGAAGUCAUUGAAAAAGCUGCCAUAUUUCAAAGCCUUGAAACAAAAGCUUUGUACAAGUGCCCAAAGAAGGUUGAUUGGUACUGAAGGGUGGGGUAUAUGAAUGGGUUUAAUAGGAAUAGUGAAUAUUCAAACAUCUUUUAAGAUAGGGUUGCCUUUGAAAUAAAGGUGAUCACCAAAAAAAAUACAAUCUUUUUGAAGUUGUAUUGAGAAAUAGCUGACUGUGGGCACAAUCCGUUUGGAAGGCUCCAGUGAAAUCAAGGGGAGAGAAUUUUACCUGUUUCUGAGAAGCUUAUGCAGGAGUAUCCCUGAAGUGUUUGACUUGUGCAGUUUGUUUCAAUACAUGAGCAUUUGAGGGUGGGGAAGAAUGAGAUUAUCUUGUAGACAGAAGCAAUAAGUCUGUCAACUGUUCAUCUAUGGUUUAUGGACAUUUAGUGAUUUAUGGUCCUGCUAUUGGAUACACACGGCCAAAAUCAAUUACUGUUCAGUAAUGUGUGUCAUCACAUCUGUUAUGUGCAUCCAUCCUUAAGUACUUUACUGGCAAGCCUGUCCUCAAUAAUACUACAUCAGUUGAAGAGAAGGCAUUCCUAUGUGAUAUCUGUUGAGCUUUCUGACUGGUUUAAGAGCCCAAACAAACUUUGCCAUAAGAAGGGCAGGGCAAGCCAGCAGUGUUACUGAAUGCUUCUUAUAAACAACCUGGCUUUACAGUGUGUUUCUAAAGCUCACUUUGUGUUUUGUUGGGGAAGGGUUGGUGUUUGAAACUCUAUAGAACAUGCAAUCUGUGAUUGCCUUGUAAGGAAGAAUGCUUCUGUUACUACAUUAAGUAUCUGAUGUUUCAUAAAUAGCUUCAUGAUGAGCACGCUAGUGGUUUAAAUAGUAUAGAGUACAGUUGAUCUAAUGAACAAGUAUUGGGUCUCAAAAUUUUAAGUGCAAUGUGCAAUUGAGAAAAAUCUGAGCCUUGUAGUCUCCUCUUUAAUAUCUUCAUUGAACAGUGAAUCUUGAAGAGGAGAACUUUGAACUCAUUUCAAUGCUUCAUGGAAGCUAAAAUUCAGCAAUAACAGUGAGAAAUGCUAAUUUAUAGCUUAUACUAAAUUCCUGUGGUUCAACUUCCAAGUGCACUCUUACUGUGCUGCUACCUUUCUGUAUUAGGCAGUUAGAUCCUCUUCCAUUUCCAAUCUCAUGGCUUCCAGACUUGUCAAUGACUACUGUUUAAAACUUUAAGAUGAAAUUAAAGAACAAUAUGGGAAUAGUCUGCUGUUAUGGAUAUAAAAUUAUGUGGAACAGGUCACUGAUCCCAACGCUGGGAAAGGACUGGGCUCCCCUUAAAACCCCCUGACAGCUUUCAUGGCUGUGUAUUUUGCCCCAUUGCUGAAAGGAAAUAGUUCAACUAUUGUUAGCUGUUGUCUCUAGUCUUAAACUCCCCUCUUCCCUAGUACACACUUUGAGAAUUGCUAUUUAAAAACUAUGAAUACUAGCAAGGCUUUCCCAUCUUAUAAAAGGCUUAAAAAACCUUUUGUAAAACAAACAAAUUGACAAACCUUGAUUUUCCACCUUCCACCCAUCUUGGGUUAGAGUCUGACCAGAAGGAAAAUUCAUAUCACCACCAAUCGUCAAGGUAUACAGAAGCUCUUAGGAGAACCGCCAUCCCCUGUGGUCCUCUUUGCUCACCCAUGUGUCAGGAUGACAGAAGGGAGAGGCAUCUCCUUCUCCCCUCCCUGCAUCCCACUGCAGCUCCCCUAAGCAGUGCUUGAAAGAUAAGUAAAAUGAGAGGGAAUUUUGUACUGGGGCCUGGUGGGGAUAAGCAAGGCCCUGGGUUGGCGAGUUAAAAUUUUCAAAGAUUUCAUGCAUUUGUGAAGGUUUGGGAGUAUUCCCAAGGUAACCCUUAGGCGAGCUUGCCUCUCUUGGCCUAAAAUGUUUGGAGGGAAUACUUAAAUACUAUAGGUAGGUUUGAUUUGUUUCUUCUUGAAUGAAGAAGUGGUCAGGAAGAUGAUGAGCAGUAAGGUAGAAAUGACUUGCUUUGAAGGCGUUCCAUAGACGUCUGAUACUGCUCAACAAUAAAUCAAAAGUUGCAGCCUUAGGGCCUUACUUGUCACAUGAGUCUUAAAGAUGUAUUAAUACUCUUUCUCUACUGCUUACUCCAUUUUGAAUGAUAUGCCCAAGUGAGCAUGCAUUAGCAAGACAAAAGCCACCUGUAUCCAUUAAAUUUAGUUGGAGAUAACAAUUACAGAAGAUCCUAGGAAGUUGUUUCUUUUGACAACAUCCUUAAUAUUAGGUGCAACUAAAGAGGACAAUGGUAACCUGUAAAUAUGUAAUCAUUAAAUGAGUAAGUAUUUUACUUGUAAAGGUUUAUUUGUAAAUCUGUUUUGAAAAGACAGCCAAAAUAUGUUUAAAGUUCAAUCUUGCCAAUACUUGUAUCUGAACCAAAGUGGUCAGAGUUUGUGUUACAAAGAAAGUGUGGGGGGUGGGGGGACUUGCACUAUCCUGGAUUGGUUUCUUUCAGUUUUCAGACUCAGUACAUUUUUCAACUGUUUUUUUUUAAUAAAAUUAAAAAUUUCAAA